AUGGAGUGUCGAAAGAUGGAGCAGCAGCCGACUGCAGAUGGGAAUGACUGUUCGGGGGACACUAAGACUGGUGUCAAAACUGAGAAUGGCGAAACAGCUCCCAAGUCUCGUCCCAAGCAGAAUCGACGAAAUCGCUUUGGAAAUAGGCCUCGAAUCAAGUCAGACUCGGAAGUUCCGUCAAAGUUUCGAAAUUAUAAACAAUCAGAGCGAUCUCAUGCAAAGGAAAGUUCAGCUCGCGACCCGUUUGAUCCGCAGGAGAAAUCUUCUACGAAAGCUGUUGAAGAAGGGAGUACAGGGGACGUGGGAAGAAAUAGCAAUGCACCGAAAGAUCCUGGACGUGGUGGCAAAAAAGGACCAUUCCCUAAAAGACGGGUUUUUACGAAACGCCGUGCAAGUGAUUCAAACGCUGAGUUCCAGAUAAGUGAAUUAUCAUUUCAUGCAUGGCUCUUCUCGCAGUGUUCUUUAGAAGAAGCCUUCAAUUUCCUCGCAGACGAAUUGAUGAAAUUUAUCCGUUCCAAGAAAGAUAGUGAAUCUCAUUGUGGUGAGCACAAGGUCAAGGACGAAAGGCACGAUACUACAGAGAAAAGUGGUGCUGUUAAUAGAAGUCGACAUGAAAGUGAAACCAAAACAGAGCCGGAAAAUCACAAUUCUGAAAGAAGAGAUGGACGUAAAGUGCGGGGAAUGAAAUCGGAUAUGCUUAGUGACCACGAUCUGAAAUUAUCGAAAAAGGGAAAGAAAAAACCGUUCAAAAAGGAAUCAGGAAGAAAUGAGUUUGCAUUCGCAGGCCAGCGCAGCGCGUUAUGCCAUGAGUUUUUUGUGGCGGCAGAAAGCAUUGGGAUAAUGCUUCAUAUGAUGGAAAAGGAACAGUGGAACCUGGUACGCACACAUCCUUGGAUACGUGCAAUACCGAGCUCAGUACGAACAACGACUCAACUCACGUGGAGCAACCGCAAGGAGGAGAUCGCAGGCAACGAAGAGAUAGCGAUAGACGGAAGCAAAGAAAGUCGCGACCGAAUUGGCUUAAACCAUAUGUUGUUCCAUCUCCGCCUGAUGUGGGUGCCCAUGCCACCAAGCAGCACAACAUGUUUUGGCCAACAAAUAUUUCAAAUGACCAGAAAGAAGUUGCUGGUUCGCGAUACAAUCCUUAUCGUAAUGGAAGCAGUGGAAAAGGUAGAUGGAACCGCAGUAGUGGUCAGAGUAAUCCCGGAACGCGGAUCCAAG